GGACGCGUUUAGGGGUUUAAGGGCUUCUUACACAACUCUUCGCCCACUCAGUAGUCGUGGGUGGGACUCUGAGAGCCAGUUGUGCUCACCGAUUUCCCUUCUCAAAUUAGGGUUUUUUUGGCGGCUAGGUUUUGACUCAAUCCCAAUUACAAUUUGAUUUCUCUGCAAAUCCUAUUGCUUCCAGGCUUUAUGCGUUCCCCGUCCCUUGAUAUAAUAAUAUCUCAAGAGUUCAUCUUUCCAACUCCAAUUUGGUUUUUUAGCCCCAGUUAUUCUCUGGGUGUCUUGAUCAAAUUUGACACUCCAAGUUGUGAACUUUGAUCAUCCCUCUCAUCAGAAUCAAUCAAAGGUCUUUGAUUCUUGCUUGCUAUCAUACAUUGAAUUUGUAUAGGUUUUGUUGGGGGAUUGAAAGUUUUGAUCUUUAUUUGAUUGGUUUACUGAGGAAAGUUUCGGCUCUAGAGUAGUUUUCUGAGGUAUGAAUUUUUCUGAUCACUCACAAUUUAUGCCACCGCAAACGCCUUACAAUGGCGGUGGCAGUGACGUGGUUAAUUGCUGGCCGCCUGCGUUUUCAAUGAACAAUGAUGACCAGCAUUCUCAGGUUGAGCAGCAACCUUUUAAAAGGGCUAGGAAUUCUGAAGAACGCCAAUCGAAUCCGAUGCCAUACCCGCCCAUGAACUAUAGGGUUCAGCAGCCGAGUGCCCCGGUUAACAAGGGAGCAAGCAACAUUUUCUAUAAGACCCGUUUGUGUGUAAAUUUUAAAUCCGGUAUGUGUAGGAAUGGUGAGAAUUGUAACUAUGCACAUGGCAUUGAAGAUAUCCGCCAUCCCCCGCCCAAUUGGCAAGAACUUGUUUCCGUACGCGAUGAGGAUCGGCCAUUGUCUGGUAAUUGGGAUGAUGAUCAGAAAAUAAUCCACAGGAUGAAGCUGUGCAAGAAGUUUUAUAAUGGUGAGGAGUGUCCUUAUGGAGAUAGGUGUAACUUUCUUCAUGAAGAUCCAUCAAAGUUUAGGGAUGAUUCGGGUAGGUUUAGGGAGAACACAGCAAUAAGCAUUGGAACUACAGGAGCACCAGUGGCUCAUGGGAGUGGCUCUAAUCCUCCUGAGGAAAAUAGGCUUGUAAACACGGGUAUGGAUGCUUCCCGGGGAAAUGUGAAGCCAGUGUAUUGGAAGACAAAGUUAUGUAAUAAGUGGGAGACAACGGGUAAAUGCCCCUUCGGCGAGAAAUGUCACUUUGCUCACGGGCUAACAGAGUUGCAAGUGCCCGGUGGACGUACUGUUGAGGCAGAAUUUCUGAAUACCCCUCCCUUUUCAAUACCCCAAGUUGUUGCUGCUGUCAACUCAUCCGCAACUGCAAUAGCAGCACUUCCUCCUUUAAAUGAAGAAGGGGGGCAGAGGAAGAAGGGCAUGCUAAAAUGGAAAGGGUCUAAGAAGAUCAAUCGCAUAUACGCUGACUGGCUUGAUGAUGUUCCGCUGGUGCACCAGCACAACUUAGUCGAGAGCUAAAUUUGAGUUCAAGCUCUUAUCUCGGAGGCAUUUUCGAAUUGGUUCAAAAAUUCCAGUGUGCUGCUGCCGAGUUUCUAAAGUUUUGAUCUUGAGGAUAAUUGGAUUACAGCAUUUGAUCAUUGUUUGUUGGUCGGUCUAUAGGUUUCUGUUUCUUGUUAUUUAUAGUAUUGGUUCCUCUAUCCUCAAUAGAGAUUGUUCUAAUAAUGUUGCAAAACCAGCUUCUUCUUUUUUUAAUUUUUUUUUAUAAAAUGACAUUAAUGACUGUGAAUAAAGAUUUUAUGUUCAAUUUC